UAUUCCGGAAGGUUCUGUUUUCUUCUCCGUUUUCCGUACAGAUUUAAACUGAAUCCAGAUUCGAACAAUCGAACUUCGAAAUUUCUGCUGCAGCUCUAUCUUUGAAGUAUUUGCAACUACAAGGUGAAAUGGAAACUGGAGAGUACAGUGAGACGGUGAAGCGCAUGAAACCUUCAAUGGAUAGCGUGGCUGCGGAUGAUAGUAAUGCAAUUGUGAGGGCUUCAGGGGAAGACACUGAGGGUGAGGGCAACACCAUUGUUGGCUCUGAGCAAAUGCUGGUGGAGAUUGCUCACAUUCAUGAGAAGAUUAAUCGCUUUACUCAGCUGGUGUCUGAGCUGCUGGAAUCAGGGAAGUCAAUGCUGGAGGAUAUUAGUAAAGAAUUUGAAGAAAGAUUAUUUCAAAUCCACAAGGAACAGAUGGCUAAGUGGGAGGAGGAGAUUCAGGAACUACAGUUGCUUGAUGCCUCAAAUGAGGAGACUAAUGCUGUUUUGCACAAUGCUAGAUGUCUACUUCAGAAUGUUCCUGGUCAAUCUUGAAGGUGCAGUUAGUAUCAAAAUUGAAUGGCGUAUUCUGACUUGUGGAACUGAUGAAUCUACAGAGAAUGAAAGUUCUGCAAAUUUGUUUUGUUGUUUUCUGAUACUUGUGAAUAACUCUUAUCUUCUGUUUUGGGGUUUUAAUCUAGAAGCGAAGAAUGUUUCAAAUAGGUUUUUAGACAGCAGAAUCUAGAUACAUCAUGAGGCUUGGUAUUUGAUUUUAUUAAUGCAUGUGGUGACACUGAUCAUGUCCCACUUUUGCUUCAGUCAUUUUCUAAGGCACAUUAAACAUCUACUCUGAAGUUCUAAAAUUUUUUCACGUGCCAAUUCAGAACAUUUGAUGAACUUGAUGCUUCUUGUCAC